AUGGAACUCUUAAAGAUCUUCAUUAUCGACUUGUGGUUUCUCAUCACUUGCGCUCUUUCCGUUCCUCAUGGUGGCCCAAUACCACCAAAUCCUUUUACGGAUCCCAAUAUUAGCCCUGGGGGCCUCCUCUCCAAGAAUUCGACUUCUUUCCAAAUCAUUGGAGGCAGCCCUGAACAAGCCGAAAGGGCACUGGAAUGGCUGGAAGGUGCUUUUGAUUGCUUCGCUGUAAAGCUCCAGUGGGGUCCCCCGCACACUUCCAUCGUCAACUUCGAGACACACAAAGGACCUUUUCCGAAACUCGAUGUUUACUCUAUGAAGCCUCAGGGCCAUUUCGGUGGUAGAUUCCAUCACAACCCAUUGAAUGGAAAUGCCUGGCUUCAGGUUGUCGAUAAAUAUCUCGAUUCAGGUAUCACUAUUCAUGAGUACGGCCACAGUCUGCACCAUUUCCAGAACGCAUGGCUUCAUCAAGGCCACACCAAGCCUUGGAUGGAAGCCUUCUCCAAUUGGGUGAGAGAUACCUACGACAACUCUGAAAUAUGCGCCGACUCCCGACAAAAGCAAAAGCAAGGCACCCAUCCAACCGUAUUCGACCCGCAGAAGGUUCUUGGAUAUUCGUAUCAGGUCAUUGUACAUGCGAGCCCCGGGCUUGGUAACCAAUAUGAGGCAUGGCCUUUCCUGACAUAUCUGACGAAUAACCCUGACGACUUCGCCGGUCUUGGCCAGGAUAGCAUUCGACAGUUGCAGCUGCAGUACAAGAUGGGUAGUGGCGAAACCCCCCUUCAUACCCUCGCUCGUAUCUCUACAAAUGCUACUGUUGGUGACAUUGUCGGUCGAUAUUGGGCUCGCAUGGCAUACGUCGACAUCAACCACACUCUCGCCCAGAAUAAAUUUUACGACGAACGCGGGAGAAUUAAUUUGGCCAACGUUAAGGAUAUUGGCAACGGCACUUAUAAACCCCACCCUGAACGUCGACCUCAAUACAUGGGCGCCAACAUCAUUCCCAUCAAGGUGCUCGGAUGGAAGUUUGAGGUCAAGGUAACUUCGGAUGAUGAGUUUGUCGCUACUGUUGUUAUCCACCAACGAUACGGCAAGACGUCGUAUGUUACGCUUGUAAACGGUGCUGCCAAGGCUUAUGCUAUGCCGGAGGAUGAAAUCAGUGUUGUUGUUGCGAAUGCCCCUGCCAAGCCUAUUCUGUAUAAUGGGUUUCGUCUUAGCAAGGAGGUUACCAAGGGGCUUGAUUAUACGCUUGAACUGACUGGUGCUGUUGCUGUGAAAUACACUGUGGUGGUGGAAGGUCCCAAGAAGAAAUAA